ACAAGAAAGAAAAGACCAAAAAUCAUAUCGUUAUUUUCUCCUGUAACCAAAACUUAUUUUGAUUUCUUUACUUAAAGAACCAAACUUUCUGUCUUGUUUUCUGGUGAAGUUUUUGAUCUUUUCUUCAUCACCAUCCCCCCCCUUUUUUUUCCCUUCUUUUUUGGGUUCAAUCUUGAAGAUGAAGGAGAAAGGAGCAAACUGGCCCUCACCAAGUUUUUUGCUCCAAUGUCGUUUUGGGCUGCUCACGGCUCUUGUUGUCGUCGGAAUGUUUGCCGUUUGGAGCAUCGACGGCUGUACGGUGAAUGACUUUAUUGAAGCUUGGAGGUCUCGCCAAGAUUUCCUCAUCGCAAAGGUCAGUUCCAACAGCCAAGCUAAUCUCACCCAAAUCCAUGGCGGUUUAGGUUUUAUGAACUCUUCAACCAUUGUUAUUAACCAAACCCAGAAAGAAACAAACUUGACACAGUUCAGUUCUCACUUCAAUUCCGAAACUCCACUAAAUCUCACAAGGUAUGAACCACUUUUGAGUCAGAAUUCAACUUAUUUAUCCACAAAAACAGAACAAAACACAAGUUUUAUCAGCUGGGUUUCGGCUGAUUUGGAGCCCAACGUGACGACCAAUCUCCUCUCGCGGUGGCUUUCUCCCGGAGGCCAGCCUUGCAAGGACUCAAAAACGGCGGAGAUUUCAAUUCCUGGUUUGGACAACAAUGAGGGUUUGGUACAGUUACCCGCGGGUGAAAUUCACGAGUUUGGUUUCCAAGCCUUGGACGAGAGUAGGAACCCCCGUUGCUUAGGUGGGGACUAUUUUGAAACUGAUCUUUCUGGUGGUUCAUGGAAAUCUAGGCCUUUAGUUAAGGAUUUUGGAAAUGGGUCUUAUUCUGUUUCACUCCAAGUUCACCCAGAUUUUGUGGGCACUUAUCAUUUAACCAUAAUUCUCUUGUUUAGGCACUUUCAGGGUCUUAAGUUUUCGCCUUCGAGAUUCGCCUUUGAUCGAGAACUGCGAAAGAUUCGGAUUAAGUUCUAUAGAAAAGAGUCUUCUGCUGAAUUGCCUGUGCUGCAAUUUUGCAAAGAGAGUGAUUUUGGUAGGGACAUUUGGUCCGGAAGGUGGACUAGACAUGGCAAGAAUGAUGAUUGUAAGAUUAGCAAUGACGGCCGAUACCGGUGCCUUGCCACGGAUUUUCCGUGCCGGAAUCCAUGGUGUAGUGGCUCAUUGGGGUCAUUGGAGAGUAAUGGUUGGGUUUACUCAGCACAUUGCUCGUUCAGAUUGUUUUCAGCUGAUUCCGCUUGGAAUUGCUUGAAGAAUAGGUGGAUUUUCUUUUGGGGUGACUCGAACCAUGUUGACACGAUUAGGAACAUUCUCAAUUUCGUGUUGGAUCUGCCUGAAGUGCGCACAGUUCCUAGACGAUUCGAUAUGAACUUUUCGAACCCGAAGGACCCUUCGCAGAGUGUUCGAAUCACGAGCAUUUUCAAUGGGCAUUGGAACGAGACGCAGAACUACCAAGGGUUGAAUUCUUUGAAAGAUGAAGGGUUUAGGAACUUGGUGAAGAAGUACUUCUCAGAGGAAAGAGUUCCAGACACUGUGAUCAUGAAUUCGGGUUUGCACGACGGGAUUUUUUGGCCCACCAUAAGGGCAUUCUCUAAAGGGGCAAACUUUGCAGCCUCAUUUUGGGCAGAAAUCUUGGAGUCAAUAAGGGCAAGGGGACUAAAAGCGCCAAAAGUCUUCUACAGAACCACAAUAGCCACCGGUGGUUAUGCAAGAGCUUUGGCCUUUAACCCCAGCAAAAUGGAGGCUUUCAAUUGGGUGUUGUUGGAGAAGUUGAGGGAAGCUUGGGUUGUGUCCGGUGUGAUCGACAACUUUGACAUGACGUUCCCGUGGCACUUCGAUAACCGUUGCAAUGACGGGGUUCACUAUGGGCGUGCUCCGGCUAAGAUGAAGUGGAGGGAUGGACAAAUUGGGCACCAAUAUUUUGUGGACCUGAUGUUGGCUCAUGUUCUUUUGAAUGCUCUCUGUGUAAGCUAGAGAGAGAAAGUUCUUCAAGUAUAUUUUUGCAAUCUUCCUUGAGGAAGAGUGGCUUUAUGGGGCAAUGCUUGAAAAGGCAUGGUGUUAGGGAGAGUUUGAGGCAGCUUUUCUACUUGGGGGGAAAGCAUAUAUAGAUAUAACUAUAGAUAUACAUGAUGAGAUAGUAGUAUGUUCCCCUAUGUAAUAUUGAUUCAUUUUGUGCAUUUAGGAAAAGAGAUUGGCAUUCUUUAUUUGUUGUAAGUAUUGAUUUUUACUACUUAUUAUGGUCUUAUAGAUUCAUGCAUAUCCCACGUUUGUGGAUUAUAUGACAAGUUCUUCGAUUUGCAAUUUGCAAGAAGAGGAAGAAUAUGCUUAAUAUUUGAUGUUCGGCUCUUUCUCUGGUUUCCUUUCUCCAACUUUAUAUACCCCAAGUUUAGUCUAUUGUAUUU